UUGCUGAUAACUUGACGCCGGACACGAACUACACCACGCCGGCGCCUACGCAUGACGACAUAACUAACGCGACAACCUAAUAAGCUAAUAAACUAGCUGAAUGACGGCCACGAACUCGAAGGAGCGGAGCUAACGUCAAUUUAUCCGUUACCGGGCUAAUCCACACCUGAAACACAGAGACAGCUGGGUCUCUCUCCCUCAGUCAGCCUCCGUCACCAUGACAGACAACAAGCGCCUCGCCUUCUCCAUCCUCCAGUUCCUCCAUGAUCAGCUGCAGGCCGGGAGCCUGACCUCCAGCGCCGAGGAGAGCCUAGAAGUUGCUGUCCAGUGUUUGGAGACGGCGUUCGAGAUUUCGACCGACGACCAGACGCUCGCCGUGCCCAUGACCUUACCGGAGAUCUUCGCCACGGCCACGGCCAAGCUUCCAGCCGAGUCGCACGUCAACAACAACGCGGCCCCCCGACAGCGUCCGUCUUCUCUCAGCGAGGAGCAGAGAGAAGAGGCCGAGGCCCUCAAAAGCGACGGGAACGACCAAAUGAAGGUGGAGAACUUCUCAGUUGCUGUUGAGUUUUACUCCAAGGCCAUCGCCAUCAACCCUCAGAACGCCGUCUAUUACUGCAACAGGGCUGCAGCUUACAGUAAACUGGGGAACUAUGCAGGAGCGGUGCAGGACUGUGAACAAGCCAUCUGCAUCGACCCAAACUACAGCAAAGCCUACGGGAGGAUGGGUCUAGCUCUGGCCAGUCUCAACAAACACACAGAAGCAGCCAGUUACUACAGGAAAGCUCUGGCUCUCGACCCCGACAACGACACGUACAAGUCCAACCUGAAGGUUGCCGAGGAGAAGAUGGAGACGUCCAGCCCAACAGCAGGGAUGGGUGGAGUGGAUCUGGGUGGUCUCCUCAGUAACCCAGGCUUCAUGAACAUGGCGUCCUCUCUCAUGAACAAUCCUCAAGUUCAGCAGCUGAUGUCGGGGAUGAUGUCCGGCGCCUACGGUGGGAUGCCCCCAGCAGCAGCAGCGGCGGCAGGGGGACGGGGGGGAACAGGAGGCAUGAUGGGAGCAGACGUAGGAGGACUCGGGGGACUCGGAGGACUCGGCGGACUUGGGGGACUCGGAGCAACGCUCGGAGGACUCGGGGGCGCCGCGGCAACGGGGCCGACUGCAGCUGCUGCAGGCGGAGAUUUAUCAGGACUCAUCCAGGCAGGGCAGCAGUUUGCUCAGCAGAUGCAGCAGCAGAACCCCGAACUCAUCGAACAGCUGAGGAGUCAGAUCCGCAACCGGACGCCCAGCGCUGGAAACGAGGAGCAGCCCUGACCCCGCACGCCCGUUGGACCUGUAUGUGUGUAGAGGAGGAGGAGGAGGAGGAGGAGAUGAAGAUGAAGAGCAGAUUGGGAUCAUUUGUAACUCGAAGGACUUAAAGGCAGUUUGGUUUUCUCCCGUCCCUGAAGAAUUCCUGCACGACCGAACACGGAGCUUCGUCCAGGAGCCACGUCACCAAAAAAAACUACAAAACUACAAAACACCCACUUCCUGCAGCGCUGUGUGGCUUUUAGGAAGAACAUUUUGACUUUAACACUUUGAUAUCAAACAGAUUAAUUCUAGUAAUACGUAAAUACAUAAAUAAUGCUCUCAUAGGAACGUGGAUGUUAAACAGCAGCAAGCUUGACAUUUCUUCUUAAAACGACAGUGUAACUUUAAGAGUGCGUGUGUGUGUGUGUGUGUGUCAGGGUUAGCGCGUGUGUGUGUGUGUGUGUGUGUGUC